CUGGCUGUGUCCGAAUUCAGGGGAAGGAUGCUCAUAAGGACACUACCUACCUACCUACGUCACAAGGUAGUGUCCUUAGACGGACGGGUAGUCAGGAAAUGAGCGGCUGUGGACAGCCCCCUUUUUUUCUCCAUAGAAACUUUAUUGAACAAACAAUGAGUCACAACAUCCAAACGGCUGCGGACAACCUGCCGUCGUUCGAGUCUGCCCACAACUCAACGUUUAUGCCAAACGCAAACGGCACGUGCGAGAACGGGAAAAAUGGAUCGGAUAAUGUUGCUCCGUGCCAUGUGCACUGUUCUAAUCCAAGAGGAGCUACAAAACCAGCACCAACGUCGCCGGCAUGUGUGGUACCUCAGGCUCAUCAGAGCCAGUCACAUCCAGAGUAGAACCAUAUACUGCAGGAUCAACCUGAGUGUUCCCGUCCUGGACCGUUUCUACAACCAGGAGGACACGAGGCCCGAUUUUCGGCUAAGCAGGGAGUCCUUGGCAGUGUUGCUAAAUCUCCUGGACCAGGAUCGGCGCCAUGGUUGGGGUGCCACAAUUGAGAUCCUGGUAUUCACAUUCUGGUUGGCAAGUGGAGCAUCCUACAGGGUGGUGUCAAGAGUGUUUGGGAUGCCUCGUUCCACUGUCCACACCAUUGUCCACCGUGUCACUGAAGAAGUGGUGGCCAUUCGCCACCAGGUCAUCCACCUCCCAAAGACACCAGAGGACCUGGAGGCAGUGUCCCGUGGGUUUGCAGGGCUGGCACGUCACAGAGCCUUCCUGAAAGCGGUGGGUGCAAUCGACGGCUGCCACAUCCGCAUCAAGUGUCCAAGCGGCCCUGAUGGUCAGUGCUACAGAAACAGGAAACUGUUUCCUUCUAUCAUCCUGCAGGCAGUCUGUGACCAUCGGGGCUGCUUCAUCGACACCUACGUGGGCUGGCCUGGUUCGGUGCACGAUGCCAGGGUGCUCAGCCACAGCCCACUGUACAGACAGUCAGUCUACCCUCCUCCAGGACAUUUCAUCCUCGCAGAUGGGGGUUACCCAUGCCUCCAAUGUCCACUCCCCCUCAUCACACCCUACAAGAGGCCAGUCCGAGGUGUAGGAGCCCAGCGCUUCAACAGCCACCAUUCCAGGGCACGCUCCAUCAUAGAGCGUGCGUUAGGAAUGAUGAAAACGAGGUUCAGGGCCAUCUUCCUGCAAGCGCUGGAGGUGCACCACACCUUUGUACCCCACGUUGUGACAGCCUGUGCCAUCCUCCACAACAUCUGCCUCAGUGCCGGUGACAUCGUGGCCCCAGUGGAUGAGCCUGAGGACGAUGGUGCGGAGGAUGGGGAGGGGGAGGCUGGGUUGGAGGCAGUCAGUGGUGCUCUUUGGCGGGACCAACUGUCAUCUGAGGUGUCAGCCCUGGAGGAGGUACCACCAGACCACGACUACUGUUAACAGGCAAGUGCAAAUUUGUCUAGGAACCUUUUCU